ACACAAUGGGCGUUAAUACGAUUCCAAUGGAGGUUCCUAUCUCCUCAAAAUUAUCUAUGGUGCCACCAGGAAGCAAGCUGUUUAGCUAAGAGUGUGUAACGUUAGCGUCUUUCACGUGCAUCAGGAGGAGUUGGAUUUGGAAAUAACCAUGUCACCUUUGCUACAUUGAAGAAUCCUUUGAUUGCCGAUGAUCGUAACCCAAAACCACAUGAGAGAAGAAACUGAUAACUGAUAAAGCUAUUGUCUGCCCUUGAGGAAUCCUCUUAGUAGGAAAAUCUAGUCGUAUACUGAAAUAUGCAAGUUUACCUACCUACCCAUGUAUCUUCCUGAUGGGGGGUAAUGCUACUUCUGUGUACGAAAAUACAGUACUACUUUAAAAUUCUGGAUUCAUAGCUUAGGCCUACUUGUGUUGAUCAGAUCAUCACUCAAUAUAACAUUUAAAUCUACAUCAGUAGUCUAGAAACUCUUCCACCAUUUUGUUUCAGUCAAAUACACUAUAUUUCACACAUUUCUGACAGGGUUAGUUAGAUCAGCUUCCUGUCAAGAUGUUUUCAGCUUUGAAGAAGUUAGUUGGUUCUGAACCAGGCCAGCCGAGAGACAAGAGCAUCCCUGCUGGCAUGCAGUCCAUGAACCAGAGUUUACAGAGACGCUUUGCCAAAGGAGUACAAUACAACAUGAAAAUAGUUAUCCGCGGAGACCGAAAUACUGGCAAGAGCACUCUAUGGCAUCGACUGCAAGGAAAGAAAUUCACGGAUGACUACAUACCCACUCAAGAGAUCCAGGCAACCAGCAUCCACUGGAACUACAAAAUUGAACAUGGCACAUAUAAAGCCACUGAUGACGUGGUCAAGGUGGAAGUGUGGGACGUGGUGGAUAAAGGCCAAAAAUACCCUCUCCCUGAGGGUGUAGGCAGAGGUAAAAAGCGAGGGGACACUUUGAAAGUAGAGAAUGAACCCCAAGAGUCUGACGAAGUGGCCUUGGAUGCAGAGUUCCUCGAUGUUUACAAGAACUGCAACGGUGUGAUCAUGAUGUUUGACAUUACCAAGCAAUGGACAUUCAACUACAUCCUGAGAGAGCUGCCCAAAGUACCCACUCAUGUUCCAGUGUGUGUCCUAGGCAACCACAGGGACAUGGGUGACCACCGUGUCAUUCUACCUGAUGACAUCCGCCAGGUUAUCGCUAAUCUGAAUAGACCCAUGGGUUCCUCUUAUAUUCACUACGCUGAAGCCUCUAUGAAGAAUGGAUUUGGUUUGAAAUAUUUACACCGAUUUUUCAACAUUCCUUUCCUGCAACUUCAGAGGGAGACUCUGUUACGGCAGCUCGAGACCAACCAGUUAGACAUGGACGCCACUCUGGAGGAGCUCACCGUGCAGCAGGAGACCGAGGAUCAAAACUAUGAAAUUUUCUUGGAGAACAUAGAGACCCGCAGUAAAGGCUAUGGUUCUCCUGGUCCAGCCAAUGGCCGGAGCCCCUCCUUGGGCUCCCAGUCCCCUACCGUUCCUCCAAGCGGGGCCUCCACUGGCAGCUCUAGCCCUGGCACUCCUCAUCAGCCAACCAUCCCUGCCCAGGUCCCCGGCCUCCAGGCCACCUCGCCCUCUCCUCCGCCUCCUGCCCUGGCAGCUGGGAUGGUUUCCCCCACAGCUGAGCUUCAAUCCCCCACUCUGACGCAGGCUCCGAGUCCUGAGCAUCCUGGACCGUCACCGCUUCCCCCAGCAUCGGGCCCUGCCCAGGCCCCGCCUCCUCAGAAACGUGGCCUGAUCUCACGCCUCUUUGGCUCCGCCCCCGCCCCAGAGGUGACUGCCACUAUGCCAGAGCCGGAGCCUGCCCCCGUGUGUCCUGCUAACGUUCAGAGUGUGGAUGACUUUGUGCCAGACGAGGGUCUGGAUAAAAGCUUCCUGGAGGACAGCCUGCCCUCUAAAGUUAAGGUUCCCCAACCUGCACUGGACAGUGACAGUGAUGAGAGAGGACAGAGGGAACCCCAUGGUGGCAGGUUAUCAGGAUGAGCUGACCCAGAUGACAAGGAGCUCCCGCUGCCC